UGUUUUGUAAUUUUCACUGAAUUUGUGUCAUUUUGGUGUGUUUUAAAAUUUGAGUUGAGGGUUUCGAUUGCCAUGUGAUCUUUGUUGUGUUGUUGCUUAAUUUCGAAAGUUUUUAGUGGGUUUUAAGUAUUUGAGUGAUUUUUGUCAUUGGUUGAUUCGAUUGGUUUGGCGAUAGAGAUUUUUUUGCUCUUUAGAUUAUUUUGACCAUCUGGGUUUUUGCGUUUGAGUUUGAUUUUGUGGAUUUGGACCUUUGAGUUUCGUAUUCCACUUGGUGGGCUUCUGUGUUUUGAUGCUGUUGGGCAUUGACUUUUGUUUGAGAGUUUAAUUUGUUUGAGGGGUUCAUAAUACCCUGUAAUUUGGUUUCAAGUAUGCAAAUUUGAUCAAAUCUUUGAGUUGCAUCUCUUACUUUUUUCAUAAAUUUGGCUGUCAAGUAAAUGUGUAUAAUUCAUCAUAAUUAUUUUGCAUUUCUUUGUGAAAUUUGAAAGUGAAUCUCUAAUCUUUCAUUGUUUUCAAGUAUUUUCCGGUUGUACUUAUAGUGGUGACUGUGGUGAUUAUCCCCCGAAGCAACUCUUACGUGAUUUCCUUAGUGUGUAUGCCAACAAAGUGAAAAUGUAACUGCCCAUUUCUGUUUGCAUAUGCAAUGUUGCUUUCUUGUAAAUGAAACGCAAAGAGUUUGUUGAACCUUUCAGAUUGUUUGGUGUGUGAUCAGGUAUAUGGUGUAACUCAUUGUUCAUAUAAGAUUGGCUUUCCCAAUCUAUAUGUUAAGAGAGAGAAUUAGUGGAUAAAGUGAGUUGGAAAAGUGAACGUUCCCAAUCUAUGCUUUCUCGCCUUCUAAUUUGGUGGUGGACUUAGAUGGAUGUUUCCUCUCUAGAACCAAAUAGUGAGACUGAAACUGAUCAAUUCCCUUUGUUACUGGAGCGAAUGGAAGGCCAUACAAGUCGUGAGCACACAAUUGACAUAACUAGAAACGAUGAUGCAUCAUCGAGCUCAUCUCAUGAUGAUCAACCUCCAACAGUGGAUGCAGCUCCUCCUGUUGACAACAGACCAUCAAGCAGUACAAAUGUCCCCACUUAUCAAGCUACGUCCUCUUCCACAAACCGGUUAAACGCAAGGAGUUCUUCGUUUAUGAGGAGAGGGGACGGAUAUGGUCGUCGUCGAAGGAGCCCCUUGAAUUCUGCGUUAUGGAUUUCAGUGGAGCUCUUUGUCACUGUGAGUCAGAUUAUAGCAUCUGUAGUUGUUUUGUCGUUGUCAAGAGAUGAGAACCCACAAGCCCCAUUGUUUGCUUGGAUUGUUGGUUAUGCAUCUGGCUGUGUUGCAAUGCUUCCUAUCCUUUACUGGCGUUUUCGUAACCGCAAUCGGAGUACUCAACAAGAUUCUACUCGACCCGAACAAGGCUCUUCACAAAAUAAUCCUCCUGAGCUGACAUCUUAUACAGCUAUUUUGGUUAAUCAACCAUCAGACCUAGACAAUAAUCAACCUUCUGAGUCACCCACAAGGAAUAACCAAACAGGAGGAUCCUUUAGUACAAGGUUUAAUGGCUUUGUGGACCAUUUCAAGAUGGCAUUGGAUUGCUUCUUUGCUGUCUGGUUUGUGGUGGGCAAUGUGUGGAUUUUUGGAGGUCACUCUUCCCCCUCUGAUGCUCCUAAAUUAUAUAGGUUAUGCAUAGUGUUCCUUACCUUCAGUUGCAUAGGAUAUGCUAUGCCUUUCAUAUUGUGCGCAACAAUAUGUUGCUGCUUGCCUUGCAUAAUUUCUGUGCUGGGCAUUCGAGAGGAUCUUUCUCAAACAAGGGGAGCCACUGUUGAAACAAUUAAUGCCCUGCCAACCUACAAGUUCAAGUUAAAGAAGCAUGGGAAUGUUGAUGAAGAUGACCUUGAUUCUGGGGUAGGUGAAGGUGGGAUCUUGGCUGCGGGUACGGAAAAGGAGCGUGAAAUUUCAGGGGAAGAUGCGGUUUGCUGUAUAUGCUUGGCAAGAUAUGCAGAUAAUGACGAGCUGCGGGAAUUAACAUGUACUCAUGUCUUCCAUAUUGAAUGCGUGGACAAAUGGUUAAAAAUCAACGCAUCAUGUCCUCUAUGUAAAGCAGAGCUUGCUGAGCUCAUCCCAGGUUCACCGGUGGCAAGAGAGUCCAGCUAGCAAUAGUAAGGAAGGGAUGGGCUAUGGGUCAGCUGCGGUUUACACAUACAUAAAAGCAUGGAGUUUAGUCCCCAAAUUCUCAAUCCUCUAGGAGCUGCAUGCCAGGGAUUGGUACAACAAAUGCAAAUUCCCCAGAAAUCCCUGUUGUUGUAUUACAGAAGUGAUGCAGUGAGAUAGAUGAGAAAGGCCGUCGCUGAUACUAAGCUUGGGCCCAGAAUAAAACGGGGAUAUGCAGAACAGUUGUAUCUAAGCUUUUGCUAUAUUGUUAAAGAAGUUGAGUUUCUCUUCAACUCUCCAUUUUGACAUUUAUGGAGCUUUGUGAAAAUUGACAGGAACACGUUUCAGAUGUUGCUGUCUUUCCACUGCUACAUCAUAAUCCUGUCGUGGUUGGAUGAACUUUGAUCCUUGUAAGUUGCAAGUUUACUAUAUAAUAUAUUAUUAUGGGUGCUCAUUAAGGUCAUUAUAUUCCAUCAUUGGCUGAAAUGAAGUCCUUACAAUUUUUUUUUUGUUGAAUCAAGUGAUUGCUGAAAAAUGCAGAUUAAGCUUU